GUUGCUUCAUCUGCGCAGCUGUUUCUGCUUUCUGUAUUGAUGUUGUAUUAAUGCUUUCUGUUUAGAUACUAAUUGUAUCAGGAACAAGCAUUCGGACAACGACCAGCUGUUCACUCCUUGUUCGUCCUCAACAACAACGACCGGCACCAUGCUGCUCAUACCCCACAGAUAUCCUCUGUUCUGCUGUCUAUAAAACCUCCGUCUUCUGCUUUCUUUCACUUCUCCCAUCUAUUGACUUCUGUUUCAAUACUGUUUUUCAUCAUGCUUUCCCAGAAAAAAUCAAUUGAGGCUCUCGCUCGAUACCUCAGAUCCCAGGCGCCCUCGCCGCCCUCACCGCGUUCGCCUCCUUCGCCUCCUUCUGCGCCAUCGCCGCCCUCGCCGCCCUCUCUGAAGCCCAAACCAGCACCCAUCGACACCGUCGACGGUCUCGACUGCUCUUUCGGAGGCAGCUACCACCACGAAGGUCCCUUCGAAGCCACCCUUGCCUACCGCAACAGCAACACCCGGUAUCCGCCCCUCGUCGCCGCCGGCCCGAUCGAUCUCUCCGAAAUCCUCCACGAAUGCACGAACCGCGACCCGGCCUUUGGUCUUAUCCGUGUCCGCCCCUCAGACGAAGGGUAUGAAGACAACGACACCAUGUCGGAGCUCAAGAGCUUCCAGCACCCGUCUGUACUUGGCUGCUGGCCCGGCGAGGAAUUCGCCUCGGCUGGUUGUAUCCUUACCAGCCAGAUCACCGGCGAUGACUCUGAUUCUGAGUCCGACGAUGACGAGCAGCCACUCCUUCCAUCGACCCCGUUCUCGCUACGCAGCAGCAUAUCAGGGCGUUUUUACAAAUACUUUUACCGCUGCAGAACGUCAGUCAGGAUUAUGCGCCGUCGCGCAAGAGUUUGCUGCUCGCGGUAUCGUGGCCGUCACCACCAUUCUCGUCUGUGGUGAUCUGUAAUCUCGGGCAGGUCACUUGCCCCUCACGCUCUUUAUAGUUGUCUGGUGUUGGCGUAUAUCUUUUGUAUUCUAUUGUGAUCUUUACUAUCUAAUCAUACUAUCUUUUAUCCCAAACA